UUGCUUAGAUUACCGUGGUUGUGCAGUCACUAACCCUUGUGUACAGUGGCGGUACGCAACUCGCAAGCGAAAUGCAUGGCUUAUUUUGAUAAGGGUACGAGUUUAUUAGCAUACAUGUGAAUAAAACAUAGCUCGCUAGUAUUUCACUAGUGAGAAGUGGGGUGCUAUAUUAACGUUUCUCGUUUGGUAGCUAUUACUGUCGAACGCACCCAGAUAGCGGUACCAAACGGACUCUGUGAUGUAACGGAAUCUGUGACAGUUUUAUGUAUGUGGAAACUAUAAGCUAGUGCCAUACCAAAGGAUUCCAUAAAUCGUUUUAAUGCAAUGGCUCCAAUGGGAAUCCGGCUGUCUCCUGUUGGAGUGGCCGUGUUUUGUUUACUGGGGGUCGGUAUAAUCUACCAUCUUUACGCCGGCGUUAUAUCCAGCAGAAUCGCGGCGCUGCGGCGGCGCCGGACGGUGGACCUGCGGGAGCUGCUCGCCCUGUCCGUGGAAGCCGCGGUCCUAGGCGGCCGGGAAGUGAAACGGGCUCGGGAGGAGAACCCUUUGGAGAAGUCCAACGGAAAAACCAAGGGAGGCGCGAGCGAAAAGAUAGCGCUGGGAGACCAGAGCUCUCACAGAAAGAUGUAUCACCUCAUAAAAAACACAUUUCCUUUUUUGCAGGUGAACGCGGAGGAGCGCGCUCCGGCCGGAGGCGAGGAGGCGGGCGUCUGGAAUCACGUGAUUCCGGCAGACCUGCAGCUGGUUGGCGAAGGCAGAGAGGUGUCGGCCGAUGACAUCACCGUGUGGAUCGACCCUCUGGACGCCGCUCAGGAGUACACCAAGAACCUCCAGAAGCACGUCACCACGAUGGUCUGUGUUGCUGUGAGUGGCGUUCCGGUUAUUGGGGUGAUCCACAAACCUUUUACUGAGUACACAGCGUGGGCGCUCGUGGGCUCGGGUUCGAACCUGCAGCCCCGGGCCCCGCACGGCGGGCGAUCUCUGCAGGUGAUUGUGUCGCGCUCUCACGCGGGGAAGGCCACCCGAUUCAUCCAGACCGCCUUUGGGAAUGAGACCGUGGUGCACACAGCCGGGGGUGCAGGCUACAAGGUUCUGGCUCUGCUGGACCCCCCCGAUGAGCAGUACGAGCAGGCCGACGUGUACCUGCACAUCACCUACAUAAAGAAGAGGGACGUCUGCGCCGGGAACGCCAUUUUGAAAGCGCUGGGCGGUCACAUGACCACGCUGAAGGGGGAGGAAAUCGACUACCGGGCGGCGGAGGCCAAUCACGGCGGAGUGCUGGCGAGCGUGGGGCGGGACCACCGCGCCCUGCUGGCCAAACUGCAGAGCGCCGACAGCCACAGACAGAGCUGAACCUGGGCCUGCGAGAGAGAGACAUUAACACUGCACUGAGAAAGAGAGAGAGAGAGAGAGAGACAUUAACACUGCACUGAGAGAGAGAGAGAGAGAGAGACAUUAACACUGCAC